AUUGCCUUUUUCGGCAAACGCCGGGUUCACAGGUUGAUUCUGCUUGGCUCGCUGUUGACAACGACGAGCACACAUCCACCCAAAAAACCUCAUAAAAACAAAGGUAAGCACCAUUUCAGACCUUAAAAACCUCAGGAUACGUCACUUGCUUGGAAAUGAGAGUCUUUGGAUGGAUCGACGAUGAUCAUUUCAGAUGUACUAGAACACGUCACUGACGCAUCCCCUAGAUGUGCGCUACCAUUGAGGAACUCCCUUCGGACCAUUCUGACCACGAGCACGAGGAGGACCCUACCUCCCAGGCUGCUCUCGACAAAAUUCAAUCUCGUUCAGAGCGAAAGGCCCGAAAGGCUCUUCUUGGUUUGGGUUUGAAGAAGGUCCCCAGCAUCACCCGCGUGACCCUCCGUAGGCCCAAGAACGUGUUGUUCGUUCUCUCUUCCCCCGAUGUCUACAAGUCGCAAAACAGCGACUGCUAUAUCGUGUUUGGUGAAGCAAAGAUUGAGGAUAUGAACUCGCAAGCUCAAAUGUCUACGGCUCAACAACUUGCUUCUGCCGGAGGUGCAGGUGCAGGCGCCAUGAACCUUGAAACCUCUGGUGCGGGCGGUGAGGGCGAUGAUGACGACGAUAUCCCAGAACUCGAAGCACCAGAAGACGACGGACCAGUUGAUGAGACGGGCGUCGAUCCUAAAGACAUCGAGUUGGUCAUGGCACAAGUCAACUGCUCAAGGGCUAAGGCCGUCAGAGUAUUGAAAGAGAGCGGAGGAGAUCUGAUCAAUGCCAUUAUGGCGGCGAGCGAAUAAUCUUCUGUCUUGUUCAGUGCUCUGGUUUCUCGUCACUGUAUCAUAUCACUGCUUUGCUCGUGCAAGUAAUUCGCAUCGGGCACGUCCCACAUAGGAUGAUGAGUCAAGAUACCCAGCGCCGUAACUCGACAUAAUAAUUUGACCGUUCCCAUCCUUCUUGGAUAAUCUCAACGCCUCUACAUCCCUUAGUAUUUGCGCUCUCUCGCGAUCCAACCAUCAGUCCAAACUCGUCAGCUGCUUGAACUGUGAGCUGUUCAAGUUCGCCCUUCGCAAACAUAUGAUAGUAU